AUGGGAAAAACUAGUAAAGUAGUUGUAUGCGGUAUGAAAAGUGUAGGCAAGACUGCGGUGUUAGAGCAACUUAUAUACGGAAAUGUGAACCUGAAGUCCUCUUUCUAUCCAACCAUUGAGGAUAUUUACGUGGCGAAUAUAGAGACGGAUCGCGGUACUAAAGAAAGGGUCUGUUUCUACGACACCGCAGGCCUGGAGCCUCCACUUACAGGCGAGUUGAAAGGGCCGCCACAGUCACCGACAAUGCAGUUGACCUCGAACCAGGUCCUUCAACGACAUUAUCUCGGCUUUGCAGAGGGUUAUGUGAUGGUUUAUGACACCACACGACCAGAAUCACUCGAUGUUCUGAUGUACUUGAAGAAGGAUAUCGAUAGGAACAAAGAUAAGAAAGAGGUAGUUAUGCUGGUCGUUGGCAAUCGAACCGGUCCUGACGAUCCAAAUAGCUUAGAAAACACUUGUUCAAAAGCAGCAAAUUGGUGCGCCAGGGAAAAGAUAAGGCAUUUCGAAGUAUCUGCUAUGGACAGACCCUCGUUGUACGAGCCAUUCAUUUACAUGACAACCAAAUUGAACCCAGUACAGAACAAAACCGCCUUCCCUCAACUCAGCACUCUAAGCAAACUGACUCAGAAGAAUAACAGAAGCGAUGCCAUGUAA